UGUACGCGCUCUCCCGCUCGCACGAUAAUAAUAUUUUGGUGCCAGCAUUUCCAGCCAGCGGAUGCGCUUGCCUGCAGCAGCCCUCGUGCAGUUCGGAAAGCGCUUUUCCUACCCCGUGCAGCUGAAGUUUGACUGCUCGGAAAAACUGGUUUAGUCGAGUAUACGCAUCGGUCGCGUUCGGUCGUGCCCAACACGCAGUCGUGCUCGUCGUCGUGGUGGUGUUGGUGUUGGUAGUGUGUGCGCGCGUCUUCCAGCAAACAGCCCCUUUCCGUUCGUCGUCGUUGUUGUUGUUGUUAGUGCGCUACUAUCGAUUGUUCCGCGGGGUGAGUUUUCGCGUGCCCCGUUGGGUGUACGGUACCCUCAACACUCUCACGUCCCGUUCGGUUCAAGCGAAGCAGCCAAGGCAGUGAAGUGUCGAGCCCCCUCCCGAGAGGUGCCACUGCAGGUGCCAUGUGAAGAAUGUGGUGCAAAUUAAAAUUAAUUACAUAUUCAAAAUACAGCCCCGUCCCCCGCCGGCCCACUGCCGAACUGCACCGGUAGGAAAGCUCACAAGCUUGUGCCGCGUUCGCGUUGCCCAGAGUGUGUGUCCAAGUGUUCAUUUCCUGACCGAAACCGAUUGGCGUUAUUUUUUAUGGUUGUAUUGCUGGCCACUGUUGAGUUUGUAGUGCCGUGACCGGAAAUCGAUUUCGGGCUGGUCAAUCGCCGAAAGCAUAAAUGCACCUUAGCACCUCCACCCCCGCUUCCAGUUGGUCAGUUUCGUUCCACUGUGCAGUGAAGUGAUUUGUGCAACGCGAAACGGGAACGCAGUGAAGGUGUGAUUUACCUGUGCGAAAGUAUUUGCGUUUGUGCAGGUGUGCGUCGUAUGAGUGUGUGUGUGUGUGUACGUGAGUGUGUGGUUUGUACACAAAUGCGUAAACGCGUAACGCCAGCCAGCACCUACUACGAUUGAGGGUCAGGUAGCGGCUUGCUGUUCGAACAAACGGCCAACGAAAAAAAGAGAGCAAAUCAUCGGUUCGUCCGCAACACAAAAGGGCCAAACCACCGACGGAAGAGCCCGUUCUGGCUGUCCCGUACAGUAACAGUAACAACAACAGCCCAAAAUAAUACCCAACAUACACCGGAAAGAAACAGAACGGCUUUAAGGUCAUCAAUCCCUUCGCCUUUCGAGUCUACUACCAGCCAACAAGCGCACACAAGCAAUGGAACCGAUGGAGGCCCGCGUUGCGAUGCUGCAGGACCUGAAGAUCCAAUCGUUUGACACGAUUCGCUUCGCUUCCUAUCGCACUGCCUGCAAGCUGCGCUACGUACAGAAAUCUACCAACCUGCAUCUGGUCGACAUCUGGAAUGUAAUUGAGGCGUUCCGCGAAAAUGGACUGAACACGCUCGAGCCCCAGAACGAGGUCAGCGUUAGCCGGCUAGAGACGCUGGUGUCGUCGCUGUACCACAACCUGAACAAACGGCUGCCGCCAACGCAGCAGGUGCACGUCGACUCGAAGGCUAGCCUGCUCCUGAACUGGCUGCUGGCGGCCUACUCCGGCGACAACUCCGGCAAGAUACGCGUCUUCUCGAUCAAGGUUGCGCUCGCGAUCAUGUGCGCCGGCAAGAUGGUCGACAAGCUACGAUAUAUCUUCUCGCAGAUUUCCGACGGUGCCGGCCAGCUAAUACACUGGAAGUUGGGCGAUUUCCUGCGCGAGGUGCUCGCCCUGCCGGCCGCCGUCUUCGAGUCGCCCACCUUCUUCUACAAGGAGGGCCUCGAGUCGGAGAUCUUCCCGGUGGAGAACAAAAUUACGGUGAAUGACUUUAUGACCGGCUUCAUGACCGAGCCCGGGCCGGCCUGUCUCGUGUGGAUGCCGCUGCUGCACCGGCUCGCCACGGUCGAGUCCGUCGUCCAUCCGACCGUCUGCUCCGUGUGCAUGAGGGAAAACUUUACCGGCUUCCGGUACCGCUGCCAGCGCUGCCACGGGUAUCAGCUGUGCCAGGACUGCUUCUGGCAGGGGCGCGUCUCGCUGAACCACCAGAACGAUCACGAGGUGAAGGAGUACUCGAGCUACAAAAGCCCCAGCAAGCAGAUUGGCCACUCGCUGCGCAAGAGCUUCCGGUGCGUGCCGGACAAACAGAUCCAACCGUUGCCCCGGUUUCCCGAGCAGCCCGAGAAAACGCUCAACCUGUCGCACAUUGUGCCGCCGUCGCCGCUACCCUCGCACAACGGCUUCCCGGACGGUGGCAUACCGGGGCUGUACGAUCGCAGCAGCACGCUGGACUCGCGAGCAACCGGCUUGUCGCUGGACAGUAACGGAACGUCCGGUACGCGCGGUGCCGUUAAUUCCAACGACGAGGAGCACAGACUGAUUGCGCGAUACGCAGCGCGGCUGGCACAGGAAUCGCGAACGCCCGGUGGAUCCGCCCCCGACCCAGUGCAGAUAGGGCUGGACAGUUCGCGGGCCCAGCGCGAACUGAUCAUGCAGCUCGAAUCGAAGAACAAGGAAAUUAUGCGCGAAAUUCAGAAGCUGCGGCGCCAGCAGGAAGCGGAACAGGUCGCCCCCGAAAGCCCCGCCCUGAUGAACGAGCUGCGCGCGCUGCGCCAGCGCAAGGGCGAGCUGGAGGGGCAUCUCGGUGCGCUGCAGGACUCGCGCCGGCAGCUGAUGGCCCAGCUCGAGGGGCUGAUGCGCAUGCUGAAGAACCAUCAAACCCAAAGCCCACGCUCGACGCCCAACUCUAGUCCACGGUCGGGCAAAAGCCCACCGAUACCGCAGGGGCCACCAAUGCCAAACCAAGGCGGCCCCCGUCAGGGCCCGAUGAACCCCGGCGGUUCCGGUCUGCCCCCCAAUAUGCCCCCCGGUAUGCUGCCGCCCGGGGUAGGUAUGCACCCGCAAGAUGCGCACAUGGGCCCCGGCGGCAUGGACAUGCGGGGAUACGCCCCGAACGGAAACAACAAUGGUGGUGGUGGUGGUGGUAACAUCAUUAAUGGCGGCAGUGGUACGCUUGGCACGCGAUCGAACGCCGCGGGAGCGUGUCCGCCGGCCGGUGGCCGGUCGGAUCUGCACUACGCGGCCGAUUCCGUUUCCACCGCGAUGUCCUCGCUGGUGCGCGAGCUUAACUCAGUUUUCUAUGCGCACUACGAAGGACAUCUUCCGCCCGGCGUCGUACAUAAGCCGCCGAUGCGCUACUUUUCAGAGGGAUCCGACGAUGACAGUAUCGCCUCGUCGCAGCACACUAUGCGCCAUUCGCUAGACUUUGACGAGAUGCACAUGACAACGCAUGAGUGGAGCGAAAAGGAUAAUACUCAAUGGCAGGAGCAGUUUGCUGCCUGGAGCCUUAACUCGCAAAACCAAUGAACGGCCAAUGGACCGUGCAAUACAAGCAGCAAAUGAAGGGCGCUACAAGCAAUCGUAGGAGGACGAUCAAACGAUCGCACAGCGCCUAACGCACGAGCGGAAGUUAAUUUUUAGUGUAUCACUAAGGAAAACACAAUUUCAGACAGCUCUAUUACCUUAUCGCAUUGCAACCCACAUUGUCAUUAGCGUUACACAUUAGCGCGUACGGAUACUUAAGGCUUUGUUUUUGUUGUUUGUAUUUUACAUGUAUUGUACCUAUUUUUUAACGUGUUUCCCUUCACGAAGCGGGUUUUCACAGAAGCGUACAAGAACAAACAAGAAGCGAAUACUGAUCUGUUUGAAGCAAUAAUGCAAAAGCGCAACACAUGCAUUCCAGGCAUAGGUAAGAUCAUGCAAAUGGAAAGGAACACAUUUCUAGUGAUACAAGACGAACAGUUCUUGUUAGGGUUAGUAUUGUUACGAAAGCGUUUUAUGGACUUGAAGCAAGCUCUAGAUGCAGCCCCAGCCUCUUGCCAGAACUAAGAAACAUCUUUGAUUUCAAUCACUCUAUUCAACAGUACCCAGUUAGCGGUAGUUUUAAAAAUGGUAAUUUAUCUGCUUUACCUCAAUUGUGGUCUUCCAAGCUACUUAUCUAACUAUAGUUUAAUUUUUAAUAUUUUAUAAUUUAAUAUAAGAUCACUAGGAAUGAUGUUUUAAAAUAACAACCAAUCAAACUAUUAUUUUAUAAGUUACUACGGGAAAAUUGCUUCGGUUUCCUUACAGACACUUAUUUUAAUAAAAUGAUUUUUGUUUUGUUAUUGUAAUAUUUUAUGGUAUGUGUUUUAUUCUUGUUUGAUUUACUUUUUUUUCUCCCAAUCGCAAAUCACCUUUCAUCAAUCUAAUCAAAUACAUCAUACAGAAGUUUGUCAUCAUGAGUAGGAAGUAUCAGCUCACCCUUAAUCACAGCACCGGGAUCCAUUGAAUCCAUUUCAAAAAGCUAUAUCGGACUGAGUGGUUAAUUCCUCCUUCAAAUGUAACGUAUCGUAGCACAAACAUCAAAAACAUCAGCCUCAUUUAACAACUUUUGCACACGAAUCAGCAGCAUACCCUCGAAGCACAAUAUCGCUGCAAGUUACUUUUAAAGUUUUUAGAUGCAAAAAUUAAAAAGAAAAAGCAAAUGAUUAAAGCAAAUAAAUCAUCUUUGUAAAUAAAAAAAACACUUCGAUUGCUGGCAAAAAAUGCCAGCUUAAAACAACAUAACGCACAUACACAUCAUCACAAACCAUAAGAAAUUCAAUGGAACAAGAAGACCAUUCCAACAAAGUUGUUAGUGGAACAUAAGUAGUUAAAAGCUCAUCACUAGUAAAUGAACAGCGAUCGGCUAAAACUAAUCACGAAACGGCGCAUUCUGUGGGUUUCAUCGCGGAGAAAUACCCCAUAGGAAAGCUAAUUAAUCGCCAUUGUUGGCAGCAAAAUUACUAGAUAUCUCUUUGUCCAAAGCGCUAGCAAACAGAACCACGCAAAAGUAUCAUUAGUAUUUGCAAAGGCAAUCUUCAACAUCGGAUCCUUAAAAUCCUCGACAUAAAGUCUUUGACUCGAACUCGAACCAUAUGGCCACCGAAGGGUCCGGGAAACAUUUGGCGCGGAAGGAAUGGAAUGAAACGGAGUUCCAAUCAUACAUAAAUGCUACAAAAUUCUACGAUAAUCUCUUAUAUUUAACGAAAAAGAAAUUUACCUACCACAAAAACUACCAAAUCCUAACGAAGGUCUCUAGCGAUGUAGCGAGUAAAGGGAAAUUAAUAUCAGUAGAUAGCAAACAACGAUUAACCAAAAUCACGGACAGGGGGGGCCCGUACUUACACGACAUUUUCAAGCUAAUUUCCUUCCCUCUUUGCGCUAGGCAGCAACUAUUCAAGCGUUGGCGCUAGUUGUACAAAUACAAGACUUGUCGCGUACACGCUUGCCGUUUUGCUUGUUUAUUUGUUACUCCCGUUUUCCAGAACUUCCCCCACUUCAUAUUUACUAUACCGCCAACGUAACGGAAAACCAGCGCAAUGAAUUGAAUUAAUGCAAUGAAGAAAAACAGGAUGAAAAUAAUAAAUUGUUAAAAAAAAACCCUCUAUCAGCUACCCGGAAACAGUCGGACAGUUUCAUAAUCGAUCCUUUUUUUUAAUCAUGUCGAGUGUGACUUUGCAAACACACACAAGCUCCCGGUCAUGUAGAUAGACAAACGUUUUAACAGUUUCCGAACGCGCAAAUUAUAGUCAAAUAUACAGAGAGCGGGUUUUCCGACGAACGAUCGGAUCGUUCACUAUAGGCCACACCUAUAGGUACCAGAUAAAGCAUACAUUAGCUCAGUUUAGUCGUAAAGAACCCGCCAGCGCGAGUGGUUUCCAGUCGAGUGAGAGGAAAAUCGAUGGAAGGCCAUCAAACCCAAACAUCAGCAACAAAACUGUACCGUACUUAAUCGCAGUUAUUGGAUGAUUCAAUAUUAGAGUUAUUUCAAGCAAAGGAUUACUAAUCGAUUCAUUGCCCUGAAAUGGGACCCGGAGGUAAAUACAGUAGGAUUCCCUAAACGUACUAGGGGCAGUUUUGAGUAAUUGGCAGAAAAUUUAAAACAGGGCAAACGUUUGCAUAGAAAGCACAGCAAGAUGCGGAUGAAAACCAAUGGAAA